UGAAAAUUUGAACCUCUUAAUUGGUUGGGUGGGACCCACCAAAGCUAAAGAUGGAAAAAACAAAACAUAGUCAAAGGAAAUAAGAAGAAAAGAAAAAGAGAAAAAGAAUGCAGCGCAUAUAUAAAGAGAUCGAAAGAGAAGAUGAAAACAGAAGCACGUACAGACAGCUCAGUUGGUACGUGAGAGCCAGUUUCAGAUUUGGGUUACAGCUAAGUUCUUUUCUUUCUCUCUUUCGAGCGUUGAGUUAUUACAUAUAUCACCAGAAUCUGAAGAGAGUAUAGGAAUCCUACGGUGGGUGGAGCAGCAGAGUAAUAAUUCUGCAACGGAACAUGCUUCAUCGGUGAGGUGGGGUGAAGAGAGGAGAGAUCUCUGAAGAAUAGUGUAAUCAGACUAGUCUCUUUGGUUGAAAAUAGUCGAAGAACCACCUGCGACUGUUGACGAAAAUUUACACAUGAAUCUCUACCUGGCUGCACCAUGAAAUUAGAAGGAAAAGUGGCAUUUCGGCAUUCAAAUAUUGGUCUUGAGCCUGAAUCUCAGUCGUUUGUGUUCAUCGAGGAUCGAAUUUCUGAUGGAUACAAAUUACCGAGCCAGAAACCGAAGGAAUAUGAGAAUGAAAUGCCUGCAUUUCUAGAGAAAACUGAACAAGGUUUAGAUUCAUUACAAUAUGACAUGGAGUCAGUUGAUUGUGAAAGAAAUGAAUAUGAAGCAAAGGUAAAGGACUUGGUUGAGCCAGUAUCUCACUCUUCUAAGGAUGUAGAGUCAUUGUUGAAGUUUCCAAACGAUAUAGAAUCAGUUAAAAGGUCUCCUUCACCCAUCUCUAAUCCUAGAGAGGGAGAAGGAUCACCUAGGAAUUCUGUUGAUGUUUACAUGGUCAAAACUGUUACAGAAUUUGAACCACAUCCAGAAGUAUGUUUCAAUGAGAGUAAUUAUCAUGUUGUCAAGGAUAUAUGCAUCGAUGAAGGAGUACUUAAGAAGGAUAAUGUGGUGUUUGUGAAUCCUGUCGACGAAAAGGCCCGCGAUUUCUUCCCUUUUGAGAGUUGUGAAACUAAAGAAAAACAGAAAGACAACACCAAUAUCAAUGUACUAAGACUAACACCAACAGAGGAGUCUGAUAAGGUUUCUGCUAAUCAUAAUCAGCACAAGGAUUUGAUGCUCACUGAAGUUUCUGGCGAUGUCAACAAAGAGACACCUUCACUGGGAGACAAGGUUUUGUUGCAAGAUUUACUCACUGAGGACUCUGCAUCUUCUGAUGACAAGGGUGAACAGAUCUCCUCCCUAUUGGAAGAGUCCAAAAGUACAGACGAGGAAGCAAUGUUGAGUAGCCCUUCUUUGGCAGUGGCAGAUGAUGAAUCAAAGAAAGACAUCAAGCCUCAAGAGAAUGCAACCAUCACUCGGCAAGUUGAUCCUUCAGCUCCUGCAGAUUGUGGUAAAGAAGAAUGCAGCCAAGCUGGUAGUUGUAGAUGUGCUGAAAUCCAUCAUACAACCAGGCCAAUAGAAUGGAAGAGCGAUGAUCAGGCUGUAACCAGCCUCAUUCGUCACAGCUUAGGUGAGUCAAGUUUCUCCGCCGUCGGCCCAGUGUCUGGUCGAAUAAGUUACUCAGGGCCGGUACCUUACUCCGGCAGCAUCUCCCUUCGAUCGGAUAGCAGCACGACAAGCACACGAUCCUUUGCAUUUCCUAUAAUUCAAUCUGAAUGGAAUAGCAGCCCGGUUAGGAUGGCGAAGGCUGACCGGAGGCAUCACCGGAAGCAGCGGUGUGAGAGGAUGAAGUACAAACUUUCUUUUAUUGUGAGUGAUGAUUAUCUCAUUGAUGUGGNGAACAGAAUGACAAAUGUGUUAUAUGUGCAGAUCUCCUCCCUAUUGGAAGAGUCCAAAAGUACAGACGAGGAAGCAAUGUUGAGUAGCCCUUCUUUGGCAGUGGCAGAUGAUGAAUCAAAGAAAGACAUCAAGCCUCAAGAGAAUGCAACCAUCACUCGGCAAGUUGAUCCUUCAGCUCCUGCAGAUUGUGGUAAAGAAGAAUGCAGCCAAGCUGGUAGUUGUAGAUGUGCUGAAAUCCAUCAUACAACCAGGCCAAUAGAAUGGAAGAGCGAUGAUCAGGCUGUAACCAGCCUCAUUCGUCACAGCUUAGGUGAGUCAAGUUUCUCCGCCGUCGGCCCAGUGUCUGGUCGAAUAAGUUACUCAGGGCCGGUACCUUACUCCGGCAGCAUCUCCCUUCGAUCGGAUAGCAGCACGACAAGCACACGAUCCUUUGCAUUUCCUAUAAUUCAAUCUGAAUGGAAUAGCAGCCCGGUUAGGAUGGCGAAGGCUGACCGGAGGCAUCACCGGAAGCAGCGGUCCUGCUGGACGGGUGGCUUUCUUUGCUGUAAAUUCUGAGAGAUUAGUUUCUAAAGAUUCUGAUACAUGAUUAAAAUUCUAGCUGAGUUUCAUGCUUAUACAUGAUCACCCUAGCUGUUGAGUAGUGUGCGGUAGGUUUAGAAUGGCCAGCCAAUGCUCUGAAUGUUUGCAGGCAAACAAAGUAGUCUUUAGCUUAGUUUGCUUAUGCUUCUCUCCUUUUCUUAUCUUUUCCUAUACAUGGUUUCAUUGAUUUUUUUAUUUUAUUUCAAUUACAAACAAUGCGCAGUACAUAUUAGCUUUUCAUCUUUUCAUGUAUAACUAACUGCAAGCUUUUCAGUUAGAAGGUGGUUAGUUUAAUCAUUGAA